GGAGACACCGUGCUGUAUAAAUGACCAGCAUCCAUAAAGGAGUCAUUCAAGGACAAAGACAAAUAUCAGAAAUGUGAAGAUGGGUGACAGCUCACUGCGGAGCCUGAAGACAACCUGAAGAUGCACACACACAUGCAUGGGAAAAAAGCUCAGUGAUAAAGGAGAGAUCCGGUGCGAGCAUCCGACCCAUGCAGCAGCACACAGUGCAACACACAACUGCAGCGCGUCUCUCCUGCAUCUGACAACCUUUUUGAGCUCAACCAGCAUAUGAUUCGGAUCCUACACAUCUGCCUCUGAAGGAUAAGUGUUUGUUGUGGAGCUGACUGACUGGAGAGGUGAAAUAACCCGACACUUGUUGCUCGUCUCAUCAGGUAAACCUCCUCCUGUCUGCAGCCAGAGAAGCGCUCAGUCUGUGGAGAGAGUCUGGUGCGCACAUGGCACCGAAAACGCGCUCCUCCUCUCACUCCUGACAAGUCGCGCAGUCUAUUAAUAUGGAGCCACGCACUGCUGGAUAAUGAGGCCUAUGGUUACUUAACUUCACAUCAAACUUUUUUUCUGUUAAAACCGGGCUUAUCUUCAUCCCUAAACCCCUGAAAUCAUAUUUUUUGGGGAACUUUUUGUGGUUAAAAAAGGCGCACAAAGCCAUGCUGGGUUUAAACCGGAUUCUGAGCCUCCGGGCUGCCCGGAUCCGGAGCUGUGGUUCACCGGGAGCCAAACUCUCAACCCGGUCUUCUUCAUGCCAAAACCCCGGUGCCAGCUCGAGGAUUUACUGUGCGUGUCUGUUGCUGCUGCUGUUGGUGACGCCUCGGGUGGACUCUUCAUGGUGGUACAUCGGUGCCCUGGGAGCCCGUGUGAUCUGCGACAACAUCCCAGGCUUGGUGAACAAGCAGCGGCAGCUCUGCCAGCGCCACCCGGACAUCAUGCAGGCCAUCGGCGAGGGCACCAAAGAGUGGAUCCGAGAGUGCCAGCACCAGUUCAGACACCACCGCUGGAACUGCAGCACGCUGGACCGCGACCACACUGUGUUUGGACGUGUCUUGCUACGGAGCAGCCGUGAAGCAGCAUUCGUCUACGCCAUCUCCUCAGCGGGAGUGGUGUACGCGCUCACUCGCGCCUGCAGCCAGGGGGAGCUGAAGACGUGUAACUGCGACCCGCACAAGCGUGGACGGGCUAGCGAUGAGAGAGGAGAGUUUGACUGGGGUGGAUGUAGCGAUAAUAUCAACUAUGGGAUAAAGUUUGCCAAAGCCUUCAUAGACGCCAAAGAGAGGACGGUUCGAGAUGCACGAGCGCUCAUGAACCUACACAACAACCGCUGUGGCAGAACAGCAGUGAAGCGGUUCAUGAAGCUGGAGUGUAAAUGUCACGGCGUGAGCGGCUCUUGCACGCUGCGGACAUGUUGGAUGGCCAUGUCCGACUUCAGGAAGACCGGCGACUACCUGAGGAGGAAAUACAACGGGGCCAUCGAGGUGACGAUGAAUCAGGACGGGACAGGCUUUGCCGUGGCUAACAAAGCCUUCAGGAAGGCCACCAAGAACGACCUGGUCUACUUUGAGAACUCUCCGGAUUACUGCCUACAAGACAAAACAGCAGGCUCCCUGGGCACGGCUGGGCGGGUCUGCAACAAGACAUCACGUGGCACGGAUGGCUGUGAGGUCAUGUGCUGUGGGCGGGGCUAUGACACCACGAGAGUCAAGCAAAUCACCAAGUGCGAAUGCAAGUUCAAAUGGUGCUGCGCCGUGGAGUGUAAGGACUGCGAGGAAGCCGUGGACAUACACACGUGCAAAGCUCCCAAACGAGCCGAAUGGUUGGACCAGUCCUGAGGACACGCCCCUCUUCGCCCCCUGUAAUGCAACCCCACUCCUUUCCCCUUUACGGGACAUCCUGUGGAAACAUGGCAUUCUGGGAAAGUUUGUCCGAAAGUGCUCGGCGUCUCCGCCCUCCCCUGCCCCCACCUCGGUUCAUCAUUGCAUGGCUUUUCUACCUGUCUCUGUGAAAGCACUAGAAUUCAGUACCCAUCAAUAUGAAUUAACACCCAUUAGCCCCUGUUUGUGAACGGCCCUGAGACUGAACUGCUGGGAUCAGAUGAUGAACGGUGAAACCAGUGAACACUUUGGGGUUCGAGUGGAUUGGAUUCAGUCCAGACGGCCUUUUUUCUAGCGUGUGGUUCUGGGUUAAAAAUGGUUUGCUGCUUUCAUGAUGCUUUAAAGACACAUUUUUACAUUAACUGAGCCUUCAAACGUAUUCAGUAUUAUUACAUCAACAUCCUAUACUCACAUAUUUUUCUUUGUUUUUUUGGGGAAAUACAUUUUUAUUUACCAAAAACAAAUACUUGGUUGGACUUUGGGAAGUAGCUUGACAAGUGCACUUUGAGAAGUGGACAUCUAAGCGUUAAGUUUGGCUCUGCGUGGCCAAACACAGAGGCGGAGGACUACCAGAGGACGGGGAGAUGGACACUAGAUGAAUAAAUGGACGGAUGCGUCAUUGGGACAUUGAAUGCAACUGUAAAAAAAAAAAAAAAAAAA